AUGCCACGGAAAGAUUUUCAGAAAGAGCUCCAGGAAGCUUGUUCGCCAAACGCAUUCCCUCAAUUGACUGACGUCAGGAGCGGAAGCGAAGAUGGCGCUUUUUACUUCACUUACACCUCACCCGACGGCUCUCACUCCAUCAACCUUGAUGUCGCAGUUCCAGACACCGCGGAAUAUCCCAGAGAACAUCACUACUUCGUUUACACCGUCUCGGAGGAUACUCCCGAGGCCGUUCCCAGGAUUUUGGAGGACUCACUUGACACAUUCCACGGUCUUCCCCUUGAUGAGUUUCUUGAGGCUGUAACCGCGUGUCUGGAUAAGGCUACCUCGACCGACGAUGACUCCUGGGGUUUCCUAGCAGGUAGCGGUAGCGACCUAGAUUCCUUCGCCGACGAGAUGGACUGGGAGGAGACCAGCGAUACUGGCCUGGAAGCUAAUUCUUCAGCGAAUUCUAUCGACGUGAAGAAGUGCAUCCGGGCUGACCUCCGCAAAGCUCGAAAUGCAGGCUUUCGUGUAGGCAUUCUGGGCGACCCGGAUGGAGCUGUCAUACUCUCCGCCUCACGACGAAUCUCCAGUCUUGGAAUCUCUGCUGAGGCCAUGGAGGCAUGGGGUGUUCGGCCCUCCCAAUAUUUUGUCCUCCUCAUUCGCUAUGCGUACGGUUACCGGCGUCUAACAGAUGUGGUCCACAGAUCGGCAGCAUCCGGUCUGAUUCAGUUCCACGCUGGUGUCUGUGAGAGAUACAAGCCUAGUCUGGAUUCCGCGGUCCAUGUGUUUGCAACUGGAGCUACACCUGGGGUGGUUGGCCCGGACCAGGAUAUCAACACAGAUAGGAUGGAGCCAGUGCUGGACUCAAUCUUUAUUGGCAAGUCUCUCCAGUCCCUGCUCAAAAGUCGCUUUACGGACAUCGUCAGGUAUCGUCUGGAGAAGGGGUUCACGUGGACUGGCGCAGAGUUGUACAUGAACGACGGCCAAGGAAGGCUCCAAGCCGCCAAUGACACAACAAGCGACUCAAGGUACUUUGAGCCCGAGGUCUGGCGAGGGUCGCCACCUAGCUUCUUGCAGGAGGACCACCUUGCGAAUGCUGAAGAUCCAUUUGACAUCUCUUUACUCCUGGUCGCCAUGCAGUUUACGCUUCGCCGCUUCGUCAGAUGCACCGAAUUCUGUCUCAAUUGCUACUGUAAGAUCGACGCCGGAUUCGAAGCCCUCAAGCCAUUCGUGUGUUCGAAUGGGCUCUGUCUCUAUCAGUACAUGUCUCUAGGAAUGGGACCCAGCUUGGAGUGGGAAAUUUCGUCACAGCCAUAUGUCGUCGAUUUGCUCGUCAGCUUUGCCUAUCACAGGGCUGCUUCAAACAAACUCAACGAUUUUCCAACUGGCUUUCCACUCAAUGUUCCUAGCCCAAGCAGGUCCGCGCUACCGAAUCCUGCGAUCUGUAAGGGAAAGCUCACAUACAAUAUCAAUUUCGGGCCGAUCAUCUACAUGAACAAAAGUUAUGAUAUCAAGGUUGGCGAUUGGAUCGUGAUUCUUCUGGACCCCCCUACUCCCAGUACUAUAGCACAGUCGACGUCGACUCAGCCGCAAAUUCAGACAACUGUCACGACGCGAAACCGGAACGAGCUGCAUGCGAGGGUCGAAAAUGUCUCUGCGCAGCCUAGUAUCAUCCUUUCGGAUCUGAUUCCUCGCUGGGCGUCGCAAUCGCAAUCAAAACCAAAAGAGCCCUACACAGGGGACGUACAAUUCGUUAUUUACGACACGGAUUUUAGCUCGCUCACUGAGCGUGAGAAGAGUGAUACGGCAUUGGAUCUUCUGGAUACACUCCCUAGCGUGAUGGAGAUGAAAGCCUAUAUAGAGAAAAAGCGCGGUGGUCAACUCAGACCUCUGUCAGAAUGGCAAGGCAGGAUCCAUCCCUCAGCACUUUACAUCUUACAAUGGAUUGUCGGAUCCAACCGAUCGGUGAUCAUGUAUGACGAUAACCCGCAAAACCAGAUACCGGGCAUGGAAUCAUACAUACAGUUCAGAUUUGCGCAAGGGGCCCCGGACAAAGAACAGCGAUUUGUGACGGCCGUCAAUAAGACAGCUGCUCGACUUGGUUCAAAAUACCCAACUCUAUUUGCGUGGCACGGAAGCCCACUGCACAACUGGCACAGCAUCGUCCGGGAGGGCCUCCACUACAAGGAAGUUGUCAACGGCCGAAGUUGUGGAAAUGGUAUAUACAUGGCUCCGCAAUUUCAAACCUCGCUCGGCUAUUGUAGUCGGCAUAUGGGUUACGAUCACUCGUCCUCAAUGUUCUGGCCGCACAGCGAGCUGAAAGUCUCAAAGGCUAUUGCCCUGAACGAGGUAGUCAAUGCUCCGACAGAGUUCGUCUGCCAUUCAAGCUGCUAUGUGGUGCAGCAUUUGGAUUGGGUCCAAACGAGAUACCUUUUCGUCGACGUGGCGCCUGCAUCAGCGGGACACCUAAUACGACUAAAGGGUGAGGCACCGAAAAACGUGUACGCUCAGGAUCCGACCCGUCUGGUCUAUGGGGAAACACAUAAUGCGCUGUCAAUCCCUAUCUCCGCAACAAACAGCCACCGGUCUAAGGAUGUAACAGAGCCUCCACCAGGUGAGCCCAAGUCCAAGACGGUCAAGAAGGGUAAGCGCAAGCUGCCUUCCACUCUAACGCUGGAUGACGACGAUGCUGCCAGCGUGGAAACCCUCCCAGAAGACCGGUUGAUGUUGCUCUCUGACGACGAAUCAAAUGGCCGUAGCCAGCGUCUGCGGAUAGACGAAUCAUUAACAUCCUUCCAACCAGAUACCCUUGACAUCAAGACAAUCAAGCUCCUUGGUGAACCAAGUUACGCAACGCCCCGGGCAACGCGCACUCUGCAAAAAGUUCUACGUCAAGCCCUUCAGACGCAGGAGGAGCAGCCCCUGCACGAACUAGGCUGGUACAUCAACGGGAAUCUCAUCGACAACGUCUACCAAUGGAUCGUCGAGCUGCACAGCUUCGAUAAGAAUUUGGCGAUUGCGAAAGACCUUGAAAAUGCCAAGAUCAAUAGCAUUGUUAUGGAAAUGCGUUUUCCGGCGUCGUAUCCUCUUGCGCCGCCCUUCUUGAGGAUUAUCCGGCCACGUUUCCUUAGAUUCGCGCAUGGCGGCGGCGGCCAUAUUACUGCUGGCGGUGCAAUGUGCAUGGAGCUGCUCACGAACACGGGCUGGCUACCGUCGUUCUCGAUCGAGAGCGUGCUUCUGCAAGUCAAGCUGGCGAUCACAAACGAAGUGCCUCAGCCGGCUAGACUGGAUCUUCACUCCAAGACUGCGGAAUACGGCAUUGGUGAAGCAAUCAGUGAGUAUAAGCGAGUUUGCAUUGCUCAUGGCUGGGAGGUGCCUAAGGACAUUGAGCAGAUUCGAUGGUAA